AAUCAAUCUAUCUCUACCCAUAACACAAUCACAGAACCAAACAAUGGCAUACAACAUUGAAGGAGUGCCAGAGGUUGCGAGGGGUGUAGACCUACAGAGAUACAUGGGUCGUUGGUACGAGAUUGCUUCAUUCCCUUCAUUUUUUCAGCCUGCAAAUGGUGUCAACACUAGAGCCACCUACACUCUCAACAAUGAUGGAACUGUUCAUGUUCUCAACGAGACAUGGACUGAUGGGAAAAGAACCUCCAUUGAAGGAACUGCUUAUAAGGCUGACCCUAAUAGCGAUGAAGCCAAACUCAAGGUCAAAUUCACUGUUCCUCCAUUCUUGCCAAUCAUUCCUGUCCUUGGAAACUACUGGAUUUUGUACGUUGAUCCAUUUUAUCACUAUGCUCUCAUUGGUGAACCUACUAGGACAAAUCUUUGGAUACUAUGCAAAGAGAAUCAUUUGAAUGAUGAAAUCUAUAACCAAGUUGUUCACAAAGCUGUUCUUCAAGGGUAUGAUGUGAGCAAAUUGCACAAGACUCCACAGAGUAAUCCUCCACCUCAGUAAGAAGGUUUUCAAGAUAUUGAAGGAAUUUCGUGUAUUAAUAAAAUCCUUUUUGGAAAAUAAAUAUUUUAAAUAAUGGGAAUAAUAUUAUGUAAUAAAGUUUGAACAAGUGUUAAUUUCAUCAUGUCAUAAGUAAGGGUUUAAGAACUCUAGCAAUUUCAAUUGUAAUGCAUGUAUUGGCUUGUUCUUU